AUGGAGGCGCCGCCCAAGCAGCUUGCCAGUGCACUCGAGGGCUUGAACCGAGCCAUCCGGCUGAUUGCAGAUGUCCGCUCUGGAGCGGAUGCGCUGCUCGAGGCAUUCGACAGUGCGGACAGCCUGCGGGUCCACGACCCGGAGCGAGCAAACCAGGCCAUCUCCUCGGCGGUGGAAGCCAAGGAGCUGGAGGCGGCGGGCGUGUUUGUGGGUGCCCAGCAGCGGUAUCAGGACAACCAGCCAUGGGGGCUCCAGGUGCCAGUGGUGUGCCCCGACGGAGCGCUGGUAGCCUACUCGUGGAAGCGCCAGAUUGCGGGCCAAGCUGCGGCAUCUGCAGUUGAUCGGACUAAGCUUGCCCUCAGAUCGUUUUGCGAGCAGAAGAAGCGCUUCCUUCCACACAUGGCAAAGGCGGCGGCCAAGGGUGACGAGGAGCCGCGCAACACACCAGCACACUCGCUGCCGGACGUGGUGAAGCGCUGCCUCCAGGAGGCCCCAGGGAUGUCCAUCACUCCGCACUCGCGCCUCUCCAAGUCACCCUCGUGUCAAGUCCACGAUGCUGCACUGCUCCAUGUCGCCAUCCCUGGUGUGCUCAGGGCAGUCAUCUCACUGCUCCCGGCUGGCUCUCCCAAUCCGGAUGCGAUUGCCAUCUACUCGCCCAACGAGUGCAGGAGUGCGCAACCAACGCAAUGCACCACUUUACGCGCGUUGCCAAUGCCUCGGCCACCCUCCUCCUCCUCCUGGCAGUGCCGUCGUUUGUUAGCGCCCGAUGGCGUCUCCAACGUGCCCUUGCCCCCAACACACCGGACGUAUGCGGAUGGCAACGAGCACGAAGCGUACCACCCCGGCUGCGUUGCUUUGUAA